CUCAGCUGGUUCCUCUGUAAGGCAUGACUGCCCUCCAAGGUUGAAUGAAGACAACUCUUGCUAACAGAGAGGAACUCUUGCUGCAGGGCUAGGCCACACCUGAUGCCAUCAUGCCUGUGUAGGCUGCUUUAAAAAGAAAUCACCCCAUUUUCAGGAACCUGCUGCUGGAGUUGAGAAUAACCAGGCCCUCCCUCUAUGACAUUUAUAGGCAAGGUUGGAUAGAAUGAAGUAAUGGACUGCUGAUAGUCCCAGGCUUUCUGUUUAUCAGCACCUGUGGAGUCGUAAGCUGAUUUAGUUAGGCUCAGUGUUAAUAAUGGAGCUGAUUUUUUAUUUACUUGUUCCCCCUAAUAUUAAGGAAUUAAGCUGAAUCAUGUUCCGGUUACUGACCUCCUGCUGGUCUCAGCUAAAGACCGAAAAGACACGAAGGAAUGUGACUGUCAUUAUCAUCGGAUUGGACAACUCGGGUAAAACUCUUCUUGUGGAGGUUUUCCGAAGAUUACUUCCCAGAAGGAUGGAUAAUUUUGUGGCAUCUGAAUUGACUACGCUCCUGCUGGAUGAAUAUGAAGUUUCCAUCUAUGACCUGGACGGAGGCAUGCAAGGCCGGGAAAUCUGGCCCAACUACUAUGCACAGGCACAUGGGCUUGUCUUUGUCCUGGAUUCCAGUGACUUUGGACGCAUGCAAGAAGCGAAGAUGAUCUUAACGUGUCUGCUGUCUGAUCAAAGAGUGGCAGGGAAACCCAUCCUAGUCCUGGCAAAUAAACAAGACAAGGAGUAUGCCCUCCUACCUAGAGAAAUUAUCAAAUACCUACUCCUGGAAAGGCUGGUGAACGAGAGCAAGUCCUGCUGCCGAGUGGAACCCUGUUCAGCCAUCAAAGAAGCCCAAGGAAAGAACCAUCAGCCCAUAAUUAAAGGGCUGCGCUGGCUGUUAGCUGCCACUGGGGAUAAAUAUGGAGACCUGUGUACUCACCAACUGCCAUUCACCCCGGACAUCCCAACCUCCAAGGGCACCAGAGGCUCUCGGAGAAGAUGCUCAUCAGACAGCUUCACUACCAGGAUGGGAAUGUCCAUAGAAAAAAGGCAGCAUCGAGGACAAUGCCCAAUGGAAGCUAGACCCCUAAAGCCAGUCCUACUGGUAAAUGGUUCUUUAAAUGUUACUGCCCCAGAGACCACUCCCUGAACUCUCAGGCACCAACUGACUUUUUUUCUCCAUCUUCUUGUUGUACAGAAAGAAGGUUUAAGAUUAAGGUCUAAAAGGAAUCUAUCAGUAACAUUUGCUUUAGAUGAACCCAUGGAAGAAGAUGAAUGUUCUGUGGGUAAUAUGGCUUGGAACACUAACGCUACUGAGCCUCACUGCAAUCCGAGUGAUGACUUGCAGACCCCAGCUCCACGUGUUGAGAAUCAUCUUUUUAAAGGUAAUGCUUCAUCAGCAGUUAGUCAGAGAAGAAAAGACAUACAGGCCUUUCCUCGCAAUUUGUAGCACAGUAUUCCUAUUUUUAGUCUGAAACUCUUUUCUCAUACUGUGGUUGCUGGUCAGGAGGAGAAAUGGAUCAAGGGAGAGUGCUUGGGGACCACCAUUUGGUAGCUUAGGAUGACGCCCCAGCACUGGCUGACACCAGAUCUUUCUUUGGAUGGCUAUAGGGUUGUCUUAAAGGAUACGAUUUCCAAUGGUGGAAGUAAAAAUUGGUACAACCUUGAUGGAAAACACUUUGGUCAUCUGUCUCUCUCUUGCUCUCCCUCUCUCAAUAUAUUUAUCAGUAAGUUUUAAAAUGUGGAAACCCUGUGAACCAAUCAUCUCAUUUUCUUGAACUGUAUCCAUAAUUACACA